UCCUAACUGUGUAAGAAAGAAGAAAGCUAACCAAGAGCCACAGCAAGCAGACAGCACGGGUGCAUUCAUUUCUCUCUGCCCUUGACCAGCCAUGGUGUGGUGAGCUGUCUACCCUGCUACUGCUGCGACUCCCUGCAGUCAUGGACUGCAAGCUAGGAAUGAUUGAGCAAGAGGAAUUCUGCCAAGCUGGAUUUAACAGGGCUCUUCUUAUCACUGUUGGAGUCAGGAGAGAGCGCAGCUGCUCCAUGGCCGCUUGGUCCUAGCGCCCUAUGUCCUCUGGAACUUCAGCUGGGGAAAGGGAAUAAGCUGGCACUCCUUUCCAGGGAGCAUUGCUCUUGUGCUCCUGAGAACAUCUUCAUAUAAAGUUGUCUGCAGGUCUGUUCUCACGGCUCUGCAGCACCAUGAGGCUUGCCACAGUCCUUGUCUUCUGCUCUUUGUUCAUGGGAGUCAGUGGUGAUGGCUGGUAUUCGUUCUUCAAGGAGGCCAUACAAGGGACUUGGGACUUGUGGAGAGCCUAUCGGGACAAUGUAGAAGCAAAUUAUCCAAACUCAGACAGAUACUUUUCUGCUCGGGGAAAUUUUGAGGCUCAACAGAGGGGAGCUGGAGGCAUCUGGGCUGCUAAAAUAAUCAGCACCAGCAAGAAAUACUUUCAAGGGCUCCUAAACCGGUAUUAUUUUGGAAUGAGAAACUUUGGACUGGAAAGCCUGGAGUCUACCAAGAAAGCCGAGGAAUGGGGCCGAAGUGGCAAGAACCCUAAUUACUUCAGACCCAAUGGCCUCCCUGAGAAGUUCUGAGCCUCCUACAUAGGCUGCACUGAGGGGACUAGGCCAUAAGAUGUAUUCCCCUACCCAUGACAGUAUGUCCUUGUUCUCAGUGUCCACAGGAACCGCAGAGAAUCUAGAGAUAGCCAACAAAUACUUUGCGAAUGGAAUUGGUUGAUGGAAAUUGGGAACUCUCAGAAAUAUUUUCUGCGAAGAAUUGCUAUGUAUCAUCACAUAGAAGAUGAGUAGAGGAAGAGAUGUGACCACUGGGCACCUGCCUAAAGCCAUGCAUGCCCCUUACACAGCCCCACCCAAUCUGCUCCAGCCAUUAGCCCUAUCAGCAGGCCCCUUACAUAGCCCCACCCAAUCUGCUCCAGCCAUUAGCCCUAUCAGCUUCCCCUGUCAAGCACUGCCAACCUUGUCAGGCUCCUCGGCAAGUAGAGUUUGCUCUGAGAUGAGCCCUGUUCUGCUGAUCAUCAGUUUCUGCCUUGAUAUAGAUCAGAUGUGUGUCCCAACCCCCAACAUCUUCUGGUCAUACCCAGGCCUCUCUGAUUUUGUCAUUGUUGUUCCCAGGCUUUUCUGUGUAGUGAUGCCACUCUGCCUCAUCAGUCACGACCUAUGCGCAGUCUGACUCCAGACCAUGUCAUCUGUGGUCUCUUCUCCUAUAGAGAAGAGCACUGCUUUGAGAAAGCCUCAUCCUACCCUAGGAAUCCUAACCUAGACACUGCACUGGGGACCACAGGUAGAUCCCAGUUUAGGAGCGCCUGCAUAGUGCGCAUGCAUCCCUAGAGGUGUCCCCAGAGCCGUACAAACCUGGUGAUGGUGCACACUUACAUUCCUGGCACUGGGGUUGGUAGAGGCUGACAGACCAGAAGCUCAAGGCCAUCCCUGGUUGUAUUGUAAGUUGAGGCUAGCCUGGGAUAUACGAUACCCUGUGUCACAAAAAGGUACACACACACACACACACACACACACACACACACACGCUGUUUUCUCACAGGGAAGGUUAUCAGAAACAUAGCAUGUAGGGGUGGCACACUGUAUUUCUUUAAAGUGUGAAAAAUCAAAGCCUGAAAAAUGCACACUUAACAUACACACUGGCAAGAAAAACAUGGUUUCUACUAAACUAAGAUAAUGGGCUCUUAUCAUUCAGAUCCUUUAUAUUACACUCAAUAAAAUAUAUCUUAUUAAUAUAA